ACAUAUAAAACAAAAAAAAAACAUGGCAGCGCCCACAAGUUGCUUGUCGUAACAUGCCCAAACAACGACUGUUUGGGGUACGGAAGCGGGAUGUCCGCGUUUCCUUUUGGCAGUCGUUUCUUUAGGAAAAUAAGGCUGCGCCAAGCUAUUUGAAUUGUCACAUUCGUCGUAGAGGUUUGUCUCCGAGCGACGUUCAGAAUGUCCAUGCUCGAGUUUGAAACCCAGCUGUUCCUCGAUCUGCACAACGAGGACGGGCUUGUCAUCCUCGCCAAGGGUCUCGGCAUAGAGCGCCUGCUUCUAAGCUUAAUCAAAGUCCACAAUGAUCCCGGCAAUCUUGUUCUUGUCCUGGGCACAACUUCGCAGGAAGAGGAGUUCUUCAUAAGUCGUCUAGAGGCGGACAAUGCGAAUCCAUUGCCAAAGUCUAUCACAGCUGACUGCAGCACCAAAGACAGGAAUGAUGUGUACCUGGCUGGCGGUGUGCUGUUCGUCACGUCAAGGAUCCUGGUGGUCGACAUGCUGACGGAGCGCAUCCCGAUUAACCUGAUCACGGGAAUCAUAGUUUACCAUGCUCACAAGACACUCGAAUCGUGCCAAGAAGCCUUCAUCCUCCGGUUGUAUCGACAAAAAAACAAGACGGGCUUCAUCAAGGGCCUGUCAGACAAUGCGGUCGCCUUCACGUAUGGGUUCUGCCAGGUCCAGCGGAUGAUGCGCAACCUGUUUGUCAAGAAACUCUUUCUAUGGCCUAGGUUCCAGGCGGACGUGAUCGCUUCUCUGAACAAGCGAAAGCCGGAUGUAGUGGAACUUCGUGUGGGCAUGACUCCAGCCAUGCAGGCCAUACAGCUCGCCAUCUUGGACAUUGUGGCCAGCUGCGUCCGGGAAAUCAAGAGAGUGAACCCUUCGAUGGAGAUGGACGACCUGACCGUGGAGAACCUGAUUGCGAGGUCGUUUGAGAAGAUAAUCAAGUUCCAGCUGGAUCCCAUCUGGCAUCAGCUGGGUGCAAAGACGCGCCACCUCGUGUCCGACAUCAAGACUCUCCGAACGAUACUCCAGUAUCUUACGCAGUACGAUUGUGUGACAUUCUACAGCCUCGUCAAGUCAGUCAGGGACGCAGGGACCAUGACCUCGCAGAUUUCGGACUGGUUCUUUCUUGAUGCCGCCGAGACACUUUUCCUGCAAGCCAAAGCAAGGGUGUACGGGAGCGAGCAGAAGCUCCACAAAGAAGAGGCGAAAGGAAAAGAGGCUACAACUAAAGAGGCGACAUUGCGGAUGGAGGAGAGCCCCAAGUGGGCCGCCCUCUCGGAGAUCCUGGUCGAGAUCGGACGAGAGAACAACGACUGCGGGGAUCUCAACUCUGUCCUCGUCAUCGCCGAGGACGACCGAAUCUGCGGGCAGCUCACAGAGUACCUCUGCUGUGGCGGUCAGGCGGUGCUUCGCAAAAUUUACCGCAAGUCGGUGGCAGACAAGGAUGGCCUACAGCUCCCUCGUCUUCCGAGCAUGUCUGAAGAUGUCCAGAAGUCGCCCCAAAAGACGAAGAAAAAACAGUCGAAGCCCAAAGUUGGAGACACAGACUCCGACGACGUGGAAGAGUCCGACGCAACGGAAGCGGCAACUGCGGUCUUUCCUCCUAAUUUGCCGAACACGGUGUUCCACCCUCUGAGGUCGUCGGCGUUUGCACUGCAGCAGCUGCUGCUCACUGUCGAACCCAAGUACAUUGUCCUCUACGACGUCAACAUCGCCACAGUGCGUGAAAUUGAGAUGUAUCAAGCUACCCGGGCAAAGGAGGUGCUCCGGGUAUACUUCCUGAUGUACGAGGACUCCGUGGACGAGCAGCGCUACCUGACCGCCUUGCGCAGGGAGAAGGAUGCCUUUGAGUUUCUCAUCAGGGAGAAAAACGUAAUGGUCGUACCAGAAGAACAAGACGGUAAGGGGGACUACCACCCAGACCUCGUGGAUGAGCUGAGUCUCUCCAACGAAACGGUCAGCUCUCGAAAAGCGGGGGGAGCUCCCGUCAAGCCGUCAGGAUCCCGGAAGGUCAUCGUGGAUCUCCGUGAGUUUCGCAGCGACCUGCCGUCCCUGAUCCAUCGACGUGGGAUCAGCGUCCAGCCUGUUACAAUAGAGGUGGGCGACUACAUCCUGACUCCUGACAUCUGCGUCGAGCGGAAGAGCCUGAACGACCUCAUCGGAUCGCUGAACAGUGGGCGCCUGUACAACCAGGCGCAGUCCAUGUGCCGCUACUACAAGCGACCUGUGCUGCUGAUCGAGUUCAGCCAGAACCAGCCCUUCUGUCUGCAGGGAAAGUAUGGCAUCUCGAGCGACAUCUCAUCCCAGAGUUUUGUGUCAAAGCUGAUUCUGCUCACGAUGCAUUUCCCGCGGCUCCGCAUUUUGUGGUGCCAGACGCCGUACGCCACCGCUGAGAUUUUUGAUAUAAUCAAGCAAGGUAAAGAGGAGCCAAGCGUUUCUGAAGCACAAGCAGUCACGGAGAAGGAGGAAGCAUCUGGCGGGAAACUGUCGAGUAGGAUCAACCCUGCUCCCCAGGACUUCCUUCUGCACCUUCCAGGUGUCAACCUGAAAAACCAGGCCCUGUUGACCCGGAAGUUCACAAACUUGGUUGAAAUGUUUGCAGCUUCCGAAGAGGAGCUUACCUCCGCCAUGGGCAAUGCGGUUCAGGCAAAACUUCUCUGGGAAAGCAUCCACCGUCCCACGGAGCCCAAACCACAGAAACCUCCGCCGAGGAAGUUCCGCAAGAAGUGACAACCUACGCAGCAAAAGGAAACUGUUCCUUCAUUAACGCGAGGACCCGCAAAGUCCGAGCGGCAUCAUCUUCGUGACGAGUGCUUGUCGGAGAGUGUUCCAAACACCGGGCCGCUGUGUUAAGGAUGAUCCUUUGGCGGUUUCGAGCAAAGGCUGGUUUACACUUUUGCAUUUCAGUGUAGAUAAGUGCAUUGAGCCCGUCCGCUUACAACGAGGGAACAAACUGGCGCCAUCUAUCAAUUAGCUCUAGAACACUUCCGAUCUGCACUUAUAUUUUCUUAUUUUUUACGCGUCAUUCUUUCACAGUGGGCAGGACAUAAUUUUAGUAAUGUUAUAAGCGAUCAUUUCUCAUAGUGCAUAGAUUUGAUCUUUGCUGAAAAAGCUCCAGUCUGGUUAUACAUGAAUCGGAAGUGUUCCAGAGCCUCUUCUAGCAGACGGCGUCACUCUCUCUGUAAGCGAUUACAAACAGUCGCAGCACAGCCGAUCGCACUCAAAACGCUAAUGUGUGAGCCAGCCUUGACUCUGUGAAGACAGAUUAUACAGAUUUUUAAUGGCAUCAAGAGGGGAAGCGGGGACAUUCAGUUCUGUGGAAAGUUUACGAGAAAUUGAGCUGACACGAUUGGUUCGGAUUGUACAUAUUGAGGGUGGCAGCCGUCUGGGGCAUAUCAAAAUCAUGUUGGUACGAUUUGGACUGUAUGGUGUAUUGGCUGGGCUUUGCUGUUCGCAGUUGUUUUACCGCAUUGCAGAGAAGCCCAACCUCUUUCAGCCUACGCUUUUUAGGGAGGUGUUUCUGUGAAACAGGUGCCUUACAUAAAGGUGGGAGACUGAAAAAAAUUUUUGGCAUGUGCUGAGUAUUAUGCAGUUGGGGUGAACAAAACGUUAACUCUUUUUCAUGUUGUUUUUUAAAGAAGUGGUGUAUCAAAACAAUUGGCUUGUGGAAAGGGUUUUCUGGGACACUAGCUUACAAAGUAAAAAAAUUUUGUUCCGCAAUAAACAAUCUCGGCACAAUUCGAAAAACGUGCCGGUAUUGUGCAUAUGCUAAUUAUUGUGUGGUGCACACCUACUCUGUGCUAUACGCAUGAAUCUUCCUUUUUUGGGUGCGUAUCGAUUUUGCCUUAUAUAUUUGCACUUCAAAGAAAGAAAUAUCACUGAAUAAAGAAGUACAAAACAAAAAAACAGUAUUUAUUGAGAAACGGACUGUGGGUUAAGUACACAGGUAUAAUGAUUAUGAUGUAAGAAAGCUUUAAUUUUUUUAGAAUAACGUCUUGAAAUCAAUUUCAAUGUGAAGUACCGAUUUUGUGUUGAAAAAAUGUUCUGCAAUGAGUUAUUUUUUAGUUUUAUUUUAAAUAAAAAAUUGCAAUUAAAU